AGAGAGGAAGCCGGUGAGCGGAAGUCAGGCAGGAGGGAAGGAGUGAGCGGAGAGUGAAGUUGGAGAGUGAUGCGGUCGCUGUAAGAGCGCGCGUGCGGAGCGGAGCAACUUUGACCCGCGGUGCUGAGCGGAACCGGGCCGGUACUCUCCUCCUCCUCCACCUACUCCUCCUCCUCCCCUCUCCCGCACGGAUACGCGCUUUCUCCCUUUCUGUUCCUGUUGUUUCCCUGAGCGUGUGUGGGACUCGACCCGAGCGUGUUCAGGAUGCGGCUCUGAUCUUCUCAUCUCGCCGCUCAGUGUUCCUGCUCCCUGUGGCCGGAUGCGUGUUUCGCGCGCGUGCUGUGGGGAAGUUUUUUCACGCACUUUGGGAUGGAUGUGAAAGGCAGUGGACUGCACACCCGGCUCGCACUGCGUCACAUCCCACUGCACACGCCACAGCUGUAAUAUCGCUUUUAUCACCAUCAUCACCACCAUCAUCAUCAUCAUCGUUGUUGUUGUUGUUGUUUACUGUUGUUCCUCUCACGUGCGCGGAUGAUGUUGGCCGUGCAGCUGGCUGUGGGUGCGAGCGCGCGCGACCUCAGUGUGCUGAGCUGAAUGGGACCCGAUGAGCAUCAGCCUCGCGCACUUCUCUUCCACCAUUCUCUUCUCCUCUCUUCUCCUCUCUUCUCCUCUCCUCUCUUCUCCUCUCUUCUCUCCCAAGACUUGAUCUGUUCCUGAAGUUUCACUGAAGAAUGUAAUUAGUGAAAUCUUUUCUUCUGCACAGACCUGAGCAGCUAAGCAUCCCGGAGAAAGCCUCUUCUGGAGAGAGAGAGAGAGAGAGAGAGAGAGACAUAUAAAUACAUAUAUACACACUGUUAUUACUUUUUAUUUCUGAUUGCAUUGGAUUGAGAUUGACCAUGAUGGACAAGCACUGUGUGGUGUAUCAGAUGGAGUUGACGCUUUUGAUGAUGCUGUUUUGGGUCACAGUUUGGGCAGAUGACAGCAAGAUCAUUUCAGACAGAUACGCUGUGUACUGGAACAGCACCAAUCCCAGAUUCGUACAUGGCGAGUACACAGUGGAGGUGGCCAUCAACGACUACCUGGACAUCUACUGUCCGCACUACGAGACGCCGCUCCCGUCCCAGCGCAUGGAGCAGUACAUCCUCUACAUGGUUAGCUACGACAGCUACAUCAAUUGCAACCACCUCAUCAGAGGCUUCAAGCGUUGGGAGUGCAAUCGGCCAGUGAGCCCCAGUGGGCCACUCAAGUUCUCCGAGAAGUUCCAGCUCUUUACACCCUUCUCGCUAGGCUUCGAGUUCCGCCCAGGACACGAGUACUACUACAUCUCGUCUCCACAUCCAAACCUUGCUGGAAAGCCUUGCUUGAAGCUCAGAGUGUAUGUCAAGCCUACAAAUGACUCAGUGUACGAGUCGCCGGAGCCGUUUCUGACAGAUGACAACAACAGCGGUCACUUCCUGUCCCCGUGUCUUUUUCUGUUGCUGCUUGCGCUCCUCAUGCUCUUCAGCUCCUCCUAGCAUUGUGGCCCUUCACAGCAGAGCACACACACACACAUAUAUAUACACACACACAUACACACACACACACACACGCAUAUAUAUCCCAAUCCAGCAUGCAGCUUAGCACUGCUGCUUCUCCCCGAACGAAGAAAAGAAAAAAAAAAAAAAAACCUUAAGCGCCCACUAAAUAUAUUCUCAUUGUCCAUAUUCAGUUCCGCGCAUUGCAUCUUCAUUAAAAUCAUCUUCAUCUGAUGAGAAAAGACUGCCAUCGAGAAAAGACUCAUGGGGGAAAAUAUAUAUAUGAUAUAUGAGAAAAGACUAAUUGCAGGG